CUCAAAGUGACAUUUGGUAAAACAGAUUAAGAGAAGAUGAGAAGAUGCGAGAUUUCAUUCAGGAAAACGGCCCUAUUAAUUGUUCGUUCUGAAAUUCCUGAAUUGAGCACCAAGUCGCACUCAUUGUCAGUGCAUGUCGCAGAUCACAAUUACCUAUUUGUAUUUAAGAACAAUUCAUGUCCAAUCCAUCCCAACAGGGUAGGCAUGUGGAACUCAAAUAAUGUAUACAUACAGAGAUGGUGGAGAAUAUUUUGAAUGAGGCGGAGACAAGGAAAUAUCAUUCAUGACAGCGUAGUUUCAAUUAUUUUAAACGGAUACUUUUUAAACCAUUCUGAAGUUCAUCGGUGAGUUUAUUGAGUCGCUUCAUUGAAUUUUUAAAUAAUAAUAUAUUGUCAAUACCCGAUGUGAAUACCGGACGUCGAUCUUAACCUCGAAAUUCUUAUUCCCCCGACAAACGGAUACGCCGUUCUAUUGAAUUCGAAUUCUUCGACGAUAUCUGAACUUGUGGAUGAGCUCCUAAAUUAUAAAUGAAUGAAUGAAUUACUAUCUAUCUAAUGCAUAGGUCUAGCCAUGAAGAUUUUGAUAACAGAUUCAAAAGGGGAUUCCAUAUCAAUUACGAUUGGUCAAAACGGACUCUUCAGUGAGCUAAAGAAUCAAGAGGAGAAACAACAUAAAGCACAGAUUAAUUGUGUGCAAAACAAAACACUUAUUGGCUAUCGUGAAGAUUGUUCGCCUGAAUCAACAACUGAAACUGAAAGUCAGAAUGAGUUCAGGCAUCAGGAAUCUACAAAAGACACUACUAAUACGCACAAUUUGAAAAUAGAAGCAUCAAAAAAAGAAUUACACGGACAACCAUGUAAUAUACAAAUUCCUGUUAAAAUAGAACCUUUGCCACAGAUUGCAGGAGAUGUGGAACCACGAAAAAAUCCAUCAAAUGUAAAAACGAGAGUAGAACCCAAGGAUGGAGUUGAUGAAAUCGAAGAAAUCACAAUAUCAGAAGAUGAAGAACUACAUGGCAAUCAGACUACAAAACUUUUACAAAAAGAACCUGAUUUAACCCGUGACACACAUUUGCAGUUACUCUGCAGGCUUUGCGCAUCACGGGCAACAAAUUUAGUUGACAUUUUUGGCUCUAAUAAAGUGUAUACAAAUGUUAUACAAAAAAUUAAUAACUGCUUACCGAUCAUUGUGAGGAAGACGGAUACCCUUCCAGUUAAAGCAUGCCAUUUGUGCUUAGAAAAACUAGAAUUCUGUAACCGAUUUCACGAAACUGUAACUGCAGCUGAAAAACAACUUCUUGUAUUAAAUGAAGCAACAAUUAAAAAAUUACAAGAAAGUGCCAAUCAUGACGAACCAGCAGUUACUCUCCAAGUGACUGAUGAUAAGACAAAUAUGACCACAGCAAUAUUACCACUGAAUGAACCUAAAAUCAGUGGCAUAAAAAGCCCAAUCAAUGAGGAUAACGAAUUAAAUGAGACUAUGAAGACUAACGAAACAUUAUCUGUGGGGAAAUCUAAAGAAAAUGAAACAAAAUAUUCAGAUGGUGAAGAUGAUGAGAUGGAUUUAUGCUUGAACGUUAUGGGUUCUGUAAUACCAUUAGCACACCGGAUUCAAAACAGUGUUCGUUCUCUACUCCCACAUUCGAUCAGUCCAAUAGAAUCUAUAGACUCAGACGAAGAUAUAGGCCCACUUCCACAGUACGAAUGUCACGAAUGUAAGUUGAAAUUUGACACAGACGUAAGACUGCAAUUUCACAGAGCCUGCCACGAAUCCGGUGGGCCAACGGGCUUCUGUGGAAAAUGCAAACUAAUUAUGGAUUCUGAAACAUCUUUGUUUCACCAUGUGCUUAUCGUACAUGGAGAAGAGGACGACUAUACUUGCCACCUUUGCGGAAAGCGAUACAACACCCAGGAACAAUUAAAUCGGCAUCAACUGAAACAUAGAGUGGAACCAUCUUACAAAUGUGAGACUUGUAAUGAAUUAUUCAACUGCAAAGACAAACUGGAAACGCAUAAAAAAACACAUGUAGCAACAGGGAGUAGUGUCUCAUGUAUAUUUUGCGGACAGCAGUUUGAAGAGAGAUCAGAACUGAUUCCUCAUAUACGAAGUCAUACCAAGAGACGAUUUUACAACUGUGACUUAUGUGAUAAAACGUAUGCACAUAACUCGCAUUUAGUCAGGCACCGUAAAACUCACAAAAGUGACCACCCUUAUAAAUGUUACGUGUGCGACAAAACAUUCUCGAGCAGUGCAAAUCUAUUAAAACAUGGUGCGUCACAUACCGAAACAGAUCCCUACACAUGUUCCAUUUGCAAAAAAACUUUUAAAAAAGCAAACGGGAGAAGAAGCCACAUGCGUAUACACACAGAUGAAAAAAAGCAUGCGUGUGCUGUCUGCGGAACUAAGUUCCUUAGAGCGUGCCAUAUGUAUAAACACAUCAGAACUCAGCACCCUGAUCGAAAAAAUCUUCUACCCAAAAAGAAAAAAACUAAAUUUUGAUAUGUCCAGUCUUUGAAGUUUGUUUUAAGCCUUGAUGAACAAUAAAAUCUAUCUUUUGUACUAAU